AUGAGCCUAUCACUCCCACCUUCACCCCCUCUGUCAGUUGCGAAGAGGGUAGGCAAUUAUUCCUCUGGCGCGGAUCCUCGAAUGCCGGCCGGGGCGUGGGACUCACAUCUCCACAUUAUGGAUCCAGUGCGCUAUCCUCCAGUGGAAGAUAUCCCCUAUAAGCCCGCUGUUCAUAACCUUUGGGAAAAUGCAAUUUUCGAGAACAGCAUUGGCUGUGACCAUGUAUUCUUCGUUCAGACCGCAACGCAUGGCUACGAUUUGACUCUGAUGUUGGAUUCCAUGCGCGCUGUUGGAAAUGAACGUGCACUAGGACUUGCCUUGUUCAAUCCAAAUACCACAUCGCAUGAGCACAUUCGAAGAUGGGACAGUGAGGGUGUCCGCGCCGUGAGAGUCAAUCUCGUAACGUACGGCGAUGAUACCCCUCUUAGCGAGCUCAAGACUCAAAUCCAAAGCUAUGUCGAUCUUAUCAAGCCUUUCGACUGGGUGCUUCAACUGUACACCAAAAUGGAGCGUAUCACAGAGCUAGAGGACUUCCUACCAACUUUGGGUGUGCGUGUUGUUUUUGACCACUACGGCGACCCCUCACUCCCAAAGUCAUCUGAGCCUAUCGACCCUUAUAAGAUCAAAGGAUUCAAGUCUCUGGUGAACCUUUUGAAAACGGGGACGACAUGGGUCAAGAUCUCGGGAGCGUAUCGCCUAAGUCAUCUUGAAUCAAAUAUCUGGGAGGACCUUGACCCCGUGACUCUGGAGCUCUUUGAUCAAGCCCCGAAGCGAGUUGUAUUCGGUUCCGAUUGGCCUCAUACCCGGUUCGAGGGGCUGGACGUCAAGCCUUGGGCCAAGCCGGUACUUUUUCGACGAUCAAUUCGAAAGGCACAACAGCUCGUUAACAAAGAAUCCUGGUUCAGCCUCUUCAAUAUGCCUGCUAUUGAGUUCGCCAGUUCCUACGGGGGCUCCGUCCACCAUCUCGUAUCCGGGUCUUACACAAACAAGACUCUUUUCCUUCUCGCUUUUGAUACAAUUGCUCGGACUUUAACUCUCAACUCCACGGUACCUGGCUUUGGACUUCAUCAAUUUGUCACCACCAAUGCCGCUAAAGAUCGUGUCUAUGCAACUGCUAUGUCCGAGCCCCCUCAGCUAUUCUCAUGGGCAGUUGACAAGAACUAUCAGUUUACUCAUCUCGACACUGUUAAUAUCACUUCCUCGUCUUGCUACUUUUCUGAUGAUGGCAACUUGGCUUUCUCAUCUGGUGGUUCAACCGCUGCCAUUCAUGAUCUCAACAAGGACGGCAGCAUCGGCAAGCAAGUGGAAGAGCUUUACAUGGUCCCCAAGGAAGAAAUCGUGAACGUGAACAAGACAAGGGCUGCUGUGCUUUAUGGCGCUCAUGCCUUCGACAUCAACGUUAAUAGAAAGGGCUUUGUUCCCCACCUCGGUACGAACUCCAUCUUUAUGUAUGACAUUGCAAAAAACGGUACUGCUACGCCUUUGUCGAUCAACCUCAGCCCUACUGAGGGUGACGGACCGCGAAACUCGUAUUCCAGCAAAGAUGGAAAGCUUCUCUAUGUAAUGACUGAGCACAAUCAAUGGUUGGACGUAUAUAAGGUCCUAGACACUCGUCUUGAACAUGUGCAACGAGGCAGUGCUAUCCCCGAUGCAGAUGUGCGAGGUCUUUACACUUUCCGCAGCAAUACAGUCCAGAUGUCACGCGACGGCAAGUAUCUUUUCACCAGUACUCGCAGUUGGAACAAUACAGAAGCGAACGGAUAUGUGGCGGCGUUUGCUCUGAACGAUGCUGGACUCUUGAAGCAGGAGAAGGCUGUAGCAUUUUACGAGGCGCCUGUGACGCUCGGCUCCGCUGGUGGUUUGCGCGUGGCUCCAUGGCAAGAUGAGACGAACAGUGAUCCCAACGGCAUCACGGACUACAUGUAUCUAAGUGACACGUCCGAGGGUUGGAUGUUCAUUCUCGGCUGGACCCCGUCGAAUCACACUCUCGAUGUUGUCGCUUCUCUGCGAUACCCUGACAACGGUACGCCUUAUGAAGCGACUUGGCUUGACUAA